GAAUUAUUGGGGUGGAGACCGCCACCCCAGUCGCGACGCCUCUGGGUGGUAGCUGGUCCAAACCCCAAGUAUAUGUGCUCUUGUAGACUUUCACCUCCGCUUCUAGCGCUGCGGAUAAAGGCAAUAAGUAAACUUCUGAUAGAUCUACAUCAAAACGUUUAUGUUGCGAGAAAUUGUUUGUUCUGUUUUAAAGUCAAACACAUUUUCCAAUUUACAAUCAUCUGUUAACUUUGCAUAAAUAAAAUAAGUUAUUUUAUUCUUCACAGCUAUAUAUGUUUCAUCGUACCUCAAAACUGACUAGUUUGAUAAUAAGAGCGAAAAAAAAUCUUCAAAAUACUACAAGGUGCGAGUACACAAAGAGAUAUGAUUUAGUGUCAUUAAACCUCAAAUAUCAAAGACUAAUUUUGUCGCUAAAUUAAAAAUACGGUGUACCGUCGCACUUAUCUAUUCGGUUUACUCAAUAUUCUUCGCAGAAAAUGUCACGGUUCCUUGGCAGAAAGUUAAAUCGCAUGUUAAGAAUUAGAACGAUGGCUACAGCACCUGACAGCGACUUAGAAGGAGAAGUUAUACGCUCAUUUCUUUCACUAGACACAUUAGACCCCAACAUUUUCAGAGCUCCAAAAGAAAACCUUUGGCACCCACACAGAAGCAGGUUUGUAUUUGGUGGGCAGGUUGUUGGUCAAGCACUGGUUGCAGCCUGUAGCACAGUCUCCCCUGAUCAUCAUGUACACAGUCUCCACUGCUACUUCCUUAGAGGAGGAAACUCAAAUUGGCCAAUUCUUUACCAUGUGGACAGAACACGGGAUGGAGAAACCUAUGCCAGUAGGUCUGUGAAAGCUACACAAGAUGGCAAGGCAAUAUUUACCAUGCAGAGUUCAUUCAAGACAGACGAGACCCAGGUUUACCACUAUCAGAUGGAAAUGCCCAAAGUUAAAGGACCAGAGGAAUAUUUGGAUGCAAACGAAAUUCUUAAAAUGAGAUUAAAAGAAGAGGGGUCUCACAUACAAAAAGAUUUGGAGCACUUCUUAGCAGAAGAAUUGAGAAUACUUACAAGACCUACCGAUCCACAACUUUUCUUCAAGCAAAAAGUAGGAGAGCCAAAAAGACUCUUCUGGAUGAAGACAGAUGGCACAAUUGGUGAUGAUAACAAGAUUCAUCAGUGUGUGGCAGCGUAUAUGUCAGAUUUCUCUCUCCUCGGUACCUCACUACAGCCGGGAGGUCCCAAUUUUGAAACCAAAUUUAUGACAUCCCUGGACCAUACCAUAUGGUUUCACAAUCCAUUUAGAGUAGAUGAAUGGAUGCUGUAUGAAUCGUUUAGUCCACAUGCAGGUAGUGGCAAGGCACUGUGUUUGGGCAGAGUAUGGAAACAAGAUGGAACAUUAGCAAUGUCAGUGGCUCAAGAGGGAGUGGUCAGAAAUACACCCCUAUCAAAAAUGUAGAAGGUGAUAUACCAGUGGAUUUGAUGAAUGAAUCCUUCCAGUGAUAAAGGAUUUUAUUAUGUGAUACUAUGGGGAAGCUCAUUUCUGAAAAAGUGGAUUUGAAAUGGAAAAAACAGUAUUAAAUAUUAGACUGCAUGAUCAAAUGGUCUAUAAGUUAUUAGAUAGAGUAUGACAGUACAUUUAUUCAAGUGCUUUUAUGGUACAGAUGUAUGCAAGACGCUUACUGACUUCUUAACUCUUUCCAAGGAAAAUGACUGCUGUAUGUUAACUUGAGGGAUAGGAAAUGGGAAGUUGUUGUUGUUGUUGUUUUGUAAAUUGAGAAAUUGCUAUUUUAUAAGUGCAGGUGCACUAGUAGUAAAUCGCUAUACAUAACAGUAUGUGUCUGCAAAACUUGUCCAGUAAGUUGAAUUACAUCUCUUGCUACUGGUAAAUCUACACGUUUAAAACAUGUAAGUCUGCUUUUACAGGUACCAUUGAAAGCAUAUGGCUAUAUUUUGUGAAUAUCUCGCAGUUAAUGUACUCAAUUUCAACACCCCAGACAAACUACUGAAAGGAAGAAAUCUUAAACUGUACCAAUAUGACAUUGCAGGCUCGAUUUAGAAAUAUUCAUCUUUUUCAGCAUUACUUCAAUGUGAUAAGAUUUCAUGGAAGGCUAAGUUGGAAACAGUAUCUGAUAAUAUAGACUGUUCUGUUGUUAAAUAUAUUGUUAGAUUUGUUUAUUAUUUUAUAACAAAUGUUCUUGCUGUUUUUCUUAAGCAUUCAGAAAUGUGAAUCAUCUUUGUUACAACUUACUGGUCUUGAUUUUACACUUGUUUACAUGCGUUGCAAUUAAAGAAAAAAAUAUUGUUAAGAAUUUAGCUUCUGUAAGGUUAUGAAAUACAUGAUUGUACAUGUAUAUGUUUAAAGUGUGUUGAGGCCGGCCUCAAUGCAUACAUUUAACACAACAUGUAUUUCAUACCCAACAAAAAAUCACUUGAUGUUGAUUAAAUUUAGUAAUAUGUCUUGUUUCCUCUUUCUGUCGUAUUGUUUCAGAAUUUUUACUUGGUUUGUGUUGCAUUAUUAUGCAGUAAUAGAUCAAGGCCAACAUCCCCCUCACCUCAGUCAUAUCAUAUGCUUAAUGAAAAACUACAUCUCUUAGUAAUAUCAUUUGUUUUAUUGAAAACUACAAAACCUAGCAAUAGUAUGUGCUUAAUUGAAAAACAUACACACAAACACAUUUUCUCAUAUUUAGCUAGUAUAUAGAAAUAAAAAUCUAAAUUUUACUUGAGAAAUAAUAAGUUCCUUUAUCGUAGAAUAACCCAUGUUUUGAGUUCUUAUGCAGAAGAAUAUAUCACGAAUGCCGUAGGCCUGAGUGGUAUAUUGUUUUGCAUAAGAAUGAGAAACUCGGCUUAUUCUACUAUAAAUCACUAUUGGGAACUUGUUAUUUCGAUUCUAACACAACAUACAUGUACUAGUAUCAACAGUGUUAGAAAAAGUGGUAACUACUUUUUACAACAUGAACUACACUUCAUGCUAUGCACCUGGAUAGAGGAUGACGUCACUACUUUGCACGCGCAUGUGUAUAUAGGUGUAUAUAAGUUAUUUGCUGGUCGUGUUAGAACGUAUUUUAUGAUACAGUUGCAAGUAACACAUGUGAUAUUUUCUAUAUUUCUAUGAUAGCAUUAUGUUUAAAAGAAACAGGCAUGUAACUGAUUCAAAACUAAAGGUAUAUAAUUUUGCUUUGCUUAGCAGUGCUCUUUAAUUAUAUGUUUUUCAGUGAAUUAUUUAACAAAUAAUCAAGGCCUUCGCAUUGUUUAUCGUCUAAUUUACCACGGUUCAGAGUUCAAAUGCGUAGGAAUUAAAUACUGAAGCAUCUGAACGAUGAACCGUGGUAAAUUAGACGAUAAAUCACAAGAAGAUCUUGUCAUUGAUUGUUUUCAUUCUGACAUGCACGUUAAUAUAUUUCAAUAAAUAUUAUGCUGGAAUUCAUUUUCGAGAGGAGUAAUGUAUCAGACGUCAGGCGGCUACAUGACGUCAAAAUUGACGUCAUAAUGCUCUCUUACCGGUCUGUGCGUCAACUGUUGUUUAUCGCAGGAUAUAUUGCAUUUGAUUUUCUUCUUUGUUUAACUGGAAAUCAAUUCGAGCCAUAUGUUAGAAUAUAAUAUAUCUGAUAUAUAUCUGGUAAUUACACAAUGGAAAAUAAAUUUGAUAUUCUUUGCUGAUAUGCAACUACAUUAAGAGUAAAAUUUGGCAAAACUCAUUGGAAUUUUAUACUAAAUUUAUUUCGUGGGCUGAGCGCGAAACUAUUGUAACUGUAUAUAAAUAAAGAACAAGAUACAAUAGUUUCGCGCUCAGCCCUCGAUUUAUGUCUUUGAAACAGAAAUAAGAUUUAUAACAUGUUUCGAGUGAAUUAUGGAAAUAUUUAAGAGAAUAGAUCUGGUAAUUUCACAGAAGAAAAAAAGCAACCUCCACGCAGGAAUAUUGUCAAACAAUCAUCCCUGCCUUCAAGCAGAUCAAAUGACUAUGGUACAACCAUGUGAUCCUAAAAUGGCGACAAGCUUGGCAAUGCCUGGUAAAUCAAAUGCUUGCCAUAAUCUACAGGCAAAUUGACAUUUAUUUCACAACCCUUAAGAACAUAAUGAAAGUAUAUAAUGUAUCUAUAUUUUGCAGUGUGCCUUUUGUCAGAUUCUAUUACUGUACUCAAAAUAGCAUCAAAUAAUUUCAUUGUUUACAUUUUAGCAGGUGUGCGUUACAACACCAGAAAAAGACGUAUUUUUGUAUUACAGCAUUAUUUUUUAGUUCUUUGCUCGUUUUACAAGCAAAAUAUAUGAUAUUUAACUACUGAGAUAAAAACUUGGCUUAAAUUCAGCCCAAUUUAUAUGUGGUGUACCGAUAAGGGGAAGUAACACUGUGAUGGAGUUUGGAAAAAAAAAAGACUGAAAUAUCAAAUAUACAAAAUUUGGAUAAAAUCACUGGAAAGCAUGAAAUAGAAUGAAAAUUUGUUUUGUAAGAGCAAGUAUCUUUGACUAAUGUCAACACCAGGCCCAGUGUUUACAAAACAUUUUUCUGUCUCAGCUUGAGUUUGAAAUUUUUGUACCGUAUCAAUUUUACUAAAACUUCAAGGUUAAAUUCUUACUGAGAUUGACAGUCAAUACUGAAUAGCCACUUGAAAAUAGUUAUUAACUUAAAAUUUAGUUUUAAACAUGAUAUUUAGAUAUGAAUGACAAAUAAAGUUCCAUCAUCAAACACAGCUGUGACUGAAAAUGUUUUGUGAACACGGGGUCAGAUUUUUUCAGAGUAUUGGUAUCUGGUGUUCACGGGGUGAAGAAUAUUUCAGUCUCACUAUGAACUGUCGAGUAACUAGAUAAAUGUUAGAACAAUUAAUUGAUACAUGAUUUUAAAUUGAUCAAAGAAUGCUUCAUUGUGCUUUCAGCCAUCAGUAGGGUGUCCCAAUGUCUAUUUGUUAGUUUUACUUUUAAAAGUUCCUUUAUAAUAUGCAGAAAGUAGAACUACAAGUGGACUUGAAGGGGUAGGUCCAUCUAUAGGCCAUGUGUUCUAAACCAAGCCGUAGUUUCUGUCAUUUAAUGAGUUCUAAAAGAAGCAUCCCAACAGAAUACAAUUUUAACGAAACUUUCUAUGGUCAAUAUACCUGGCUGAACAUGGUCAAAGGGAGGUAACUCAGCCUUUAAAAUGAUUCAGUCCAAAUUUAAACCUUCAAGACUACCACACCAGAUCUAGAAAACUUUCAAGGUGCUAAAUACUACUUGUAUAGUUGCAGUUAACUAUUUUUAAGUUUUACUAUUGUCUUAUUUGUAUUUUAUCCAUUGUUAUAGUUUUAGAAUUUAAAUAAAUCUCAGGAAUACAACUCUUUCAGUAUGUCUAUUAUUUUUUAAACCCUGAAAUUGUCAGCAUGUUUAAAUUGUAAUUAAAUUAACAGUUAAAAUUCAUACAUAUUUUAUCAUUAACAUUCAAAAUAUACCAAGUACCAUGAUAUGAAAAUGUUCAGACACUGACAAUUUGAAUUUGUUACAGCCUCAGUGCUUGAGUUUCAUGAAUAAAUCUAUGUUCCUGGUUCCUAUUAAUUUAUUUGUUUUUGCACUUUUUCUGCACAAGCUAUUUUGUGGGAAAUUUCUGGCUAGUUUUUUUUUUUUGGUAAUCCUGGUUCUCAGCUAGUUUGUGGCUUGUUUGCAGUAACUAGUUAGUUGGAUGUUCGCAGCAGUUAGUUCCUGGGAUGAACGCAGCAACUUGUUUGCGGGAAGCUCACAGCUACUUGUUUGCAGGGAGUUUGCGGCAACUUGUUUGUGGCAAAUCUAAUUUGCAUGUGAAACGUGAACAUUGGAUUAACAUCCCCCAAUCAUUGUAUCUGUUUCAUCAGGAGUUUGCUGCAUGUUCACCUGAUAUUCGCGGCAUGAUCUCAACAAGUGUUCGCAGGAAACUAUAAUAUUUCUGUAAG